AGCACCGCACAGUAUAAAUGUGACUUGAACACCGCGAACAUGGCUUUCCCUGGUAAUAUUAAUAUCCGAAAAUUUCAGAAUAUCCAACGUAUUGAGUGCAUUUGUAGUUGUGUCAAACCAAAUGUUAAAUUAAAGCAUUGACUGUUUCGGCCAAACGACGUUUGCGACACAAUCGAAUCCGCUACGGUCUUCACACCUACACCGGGGUUGUAUGUUGUAUGUGUGCGUUUAAAAUCAAUGAAGCGAAUUUGCUACUCGUGCGAGUGAAUAAGAACAGUUUUGUGACGCUUGCAAAAGCAAAAAAAAAAAGUGAACGCGUAGCAGAGCAGCGAACAAGGAGAACCCAACACACAUACAUACUGCACACGCUAAAAUGAACUCUACAAUCUAAAACAAUAAACGAAAAGUUAAAUAGGCGAUAUUUUCUACAAAAUCAUUAUCUGGUGGUGAAAAGUGGACAAAAUGCAUCAGCUAAAUGCAACGCGCAUGAGCUGAAGUGACAGCAAGCAGUCGCAGCAGACGUCGACGUCGACGCUAACGCUGACUCCGACGCCGCCAUAGGUAUGCUGCAGAGUUGCUAGCUCAGCACGCCGCGACAGCACCAACCGAAUCGUAACAUUUGCCAAAGAUUAGUUACAUAUAGUAAUAGAGCAGUUCGGAGUUUGAUUAUUUUAAGCAACCGAAUCACGAAUCACAAAUAUCAAUUGGAGAAUGACAUCCCGACUUGAUCGCCUUUUCAUAUUACUUGAGUCGGGCUCCACGGCAGCCACGCGCCACGCGGCUGCCAAGGAAAUUGGCGAGGUGCAGAAGCUAUAUCCACAUGAGUUGCACACGCUGCUCAACCGGCUGGUGGGAUAUCUGCACAGUGCCUCGUGGGAGACACGCAUUGCCGCCGCGCAGUCGGUGGAGGCGAUACUGAAGCAGGUGCCGCCAUGGCAGCCGGAGCUGCAGCUGGGCGCCAUUAAAUUGAAGAAAGAGCGCUCGGCGAGCGAUGCCGCCGAAGAGGACAGCUGUCAAUCGAAUGCCUCUUCGUCGACUACGACGACGCCAUGCAGUGAGCGAUUGCUCAGCUUUGAUGAGUUCGAUUUACAGCAGAUUUUACAGAAAGGCGCCCGACUGAUCGGCUCUGAGGGGAACGAAUUCGAUGUGCAGGAGGAGCAGCCUGCCAGCGGCGGCGCCGCCGAAGAUCAGAGCGAGGCCGGUCGACUGUGUCGCCAGCGUGCGCUGCUCAACGACAAACUGGGCCUCACCACUGCCGCCAAGCUGGGCGUCAAUCUGACUGACAUGAUCACCGAUGAGGAUGUGGCAUUGGCGCGCUCUGGCACCAGCUACAAUGUGAAUGCCGAGAAGCUGCCUGUGGAGCACAUACUGAAUAUCAAGCAAGCCAACGGAGGAGGAGUAGGUGCUGUCAGUGCCUCGGGCCAGCGGCUCAGUUGCCGUGAGAUGAAUCGCGCCAAGCGCAAAGCGCGUCAAAGCACCGCCAAUUCCGCCUCCGUAGUCACGCCCACUUGCAGUCGCCGCAAUUCAACAGCUGGCGCCGGCAGCAACAGCAGCAGCGGCAGCAGCUGCAGCAACAACAACAAAAGCAACGGUGCCACAGUCACAGGCGAUGAGCCAGAGAAGAAAAAACUGAAAGCAAACGACAGACACGAGAUUUUCUACAGCUUAAAUGCCGCUGUGCCAGAUGCGACGGGCAAUUGGGUCGAUGCUGUCUCGUGGCCCCUGGAGAACUUCUGUGCGCGACUCUUUAUUGAUCUCUUUCACGCCAAGUGGGAGGUUCGCCAUGGGGCGGCCACUGCGCUGCGGCAGCUCAUCAAUUUGCACGGCAAGGGGGCAGGCAAGUGCGUGCAGCAGAGCCCGGAGCAAAUGCACGAGGCGCACGGUCGAUGGCUGGAGGAUGCUGCAAUUCGGUUGCUGUGUGUGCUAUGCCUUGACCGAUUCGGAGACUUUGUGUCUGAUCAGGUUGUAGCUCCAGUGCGUGAGACAUGCGCCCAAGUGCUGGGCACCCUGGUCAAGGCAAUCGAUGAGCCCAAAGUUCACCGCAUUGUGGACAUUCUGCUUCAGCUAAUACGCCACAAGAACGAGUGGGAGGUGCGCCAUGGCGGCCUGCUGGGCCUCAAGUAUGUGUUUGUCGUGCGCGAGGAACUCUUGUCCAUUCACCUGCCCAAGUCUAUAUCGGACAUAUUAUCGGGUCUACUGGAUGCCGUUGAUGAUGUGGGCGCGGUAGCGGCAGCGACGCUAAUCCCAGUAGCCGUGUGGCUGCCACAGCUGCUGAAUGCAGCACAAGUGUCGUCCAUCGUGAAGAUGCUGUGGGAUUUGCUGCUCGAUCAGGAUGAGCUAACCUCGGCUUGCAACAGCUUCAUGGGUUUGUUGGCAGCCAUACUAUGUUUGCCACGAGCAGCCAGCUGGAUCGAAAUGGAACCCAUAGGCAGCUUGGUGCCACGCCUAUUUCCGUUCCUGUCCCACAGCACUAGCUCGGUGCGUCGCUCGACACUGAAGACGCUGCUCACCCUAACGAGCGGCGGCGAGGCUGAGCCUAAACAAACACCAUCUGACGUCAAACUGGAGCCAGAUAAGGGAGACGGCAGCACCAAUGGCCAGCAAAAGGUGCUGAAGCUCAACUUUGGCGUCGUGGACUGGAACUGGCAACUGCUUCAGCAGGCCCUGCGUCACAUUUACCAGCGUAUUUUAGUUGAGCCGCAGGAAGACAUACAGAGUUUGGCAUAUCAGGUCUGGUCCAAUCUCAUCAAGCAUGCGAAUUUGGGUGCGCUGCUGCACGCAGCCUGCCCGCACGUCUCAUCCUGGAUAUGCCUGGCCAUGCAACCGCCACGUCUGGCCUUUGAUUCGUCCGUUAUCAUCAGAGCUAUUGGCGAUGCUGCUUCUGUAUCGGUGGCCAGCACGCGGCGUCGCACCCCUCGAAUGGGCGACGAUUUGGGCGGAGUUGCCUUGGCUCAUACAAAUGCCAUGCAGAAGUUGUAUUUGGGCGGAAGUGAGGCGACACCACUAGAGGUUCGGGAAGCGAAUUUUAUGCGUGCGCGUAUCACAGCCUCGCGAGCUCUGGGCGCUCUCUCACACUACCUGGUGCAGCCGGCGCCGGGUGUGCUUUAUACUCCACAGGUGGAGAGUCCCACGGAAUGCUAUACCAAAGUGCUACUGGGCCACUUAAAUGCGCACUCGGCGGUGCAGCGCAUUGUAUGCGGUUUGAUAAUUGCCUUCUGGGCGCUGGAGAAUGAGCCCGUGCGACCUGGACCACCAAAUCUGCAGGCAAAGCUGCAUCUAUGUGUGUCAGAGUAUUUUUACUACGACGAGGUGGCCAUGUCGCUAACACGACUGCUGCAGGAGGCACAGGACUUUAUAGCGACACUAAAGCAAAACAAAAUACCAAUCAACGACUUCAAUAAUGCCAAGAUUCUCACGCUUGAUCAGAUCGAAGCGGUGGCCAACCCGCUGAGUGACAAUCUGCGCAGCUAUACGCUAAAACCAAAGGUUCUGGAUAUGCUGCUGGAACGAAAGCGCAGCCUGCAGACCUCCUAUCAGCAGACGACAAGUGAGCAGGGCGCCUAUCACGUCAGCGCUCAGGCGGCCUUGGCCAGUGCUAUCUGCGCGCUGCAUUGUCUUCCUGACAAGCUAAAUCCCGUUGUCAAGCCAUUGAUGGAGUCGAUCAAGCGAGAGCAGUGUAUUCCCUUGCAGCAACUAUCAGCCGAAUUCUUGGUGCACCUCAUGGAUCAAGUUUGUGACAGAAAUCCUAGUCCCAAUAGCAAAAUCUUGAACAAUCUCUGUACACUGCUGCGCAGCGAUACGGAGCAUACCCCCAAACUGGAUAUGCCGUUGCACACGUUGUUGGAGACACGGCCGACUACCAGUGUUAGUGAAAACGACAAUUGCAAUUAUUACGGAAUACUUACGCUUAAGCAGCAACAGGCUGCAACCAGUGCAGCCAGCAGCGGCAGCAGCGCGGGCACACGAACGGGCACCACACCCCUGGCAACGACGCCGAGGGGACCGGGCAGGCCGCCGGCCAGUGAAGUAUUAGCUGCGGCGGCGGCGGCUGCGGCCAGUUGUGAUUUCAGUACCCGACAGGCCAAAGAGGCCGAGGCGCGACAGUGUCGAACUCAGCGAUUGGGAGCAGCCUGCGCCAUAGCCAAGCUCUGCAGCACAUUCGGGGAGCGCAUUGUGGAAAAGGUGCCCAUAUUUCAGCAGUUAAUGUUCGGCAAGCUGGAGCAAUUCGUGGCUAGCACGGAUGCACAGACGCUAGCUAGCACGCUCCCGGAACUAACGUCAUGCAACGAUUUGAUCAGCUCACUGCAGCUUAUCGAAACGGCGGCGCCGCAUUUGCACGUUGCGCUGCAUGAGCAGCUGUUUGCGCUUCUGCCACAUCUCGGUUUCAUUGUGCGGCAUCCUCUGAAGGUAUUGCGUCACAUGGCAGCUCGGUGCAUCGCCAUCUUGGCUGAGAUCGAUCCAUGUCGCACCAUGCAGUUUGUGGUGACGGAGAUGCUGGGGCUGCUACUUAAGAUAGAGCAGCCGAUUGAGCGACAGGGCGCUGUGGAGGCUAUUGAGCGGAUAGUCAAUCGACUGCAAAUCCGCGUAGUGCCAUAUAUAGUUCUGCUAGUGGUGCCACUACUGGGUGCCAUGAGCGAUGCAGAUGAAUCGGUCCGCUUGCUGGCCACUCAUUCAUUUGCCACCCUAAUCCAACUGAUGCCAUUGGACAGCAGUGAGAGCGCGAACACAGCGGCACAGAUCAAAAGCGAGCCGUUGAUAGAGCGCAAGACGCGAGAUCGUGAGUUCCUCGACUAUUUAUUCGCGCCAAAGACUAUACCCGACUAUCAUGUGCCGGUGGCGCUUAGUGUGGAGCUGCGUGGCUAUCAGCAGGCAGGCGUCAACUGGUUGUGGUUCCUCAACAAGUACAAUCUGCACGGCAUACUCUGCGACGAUAUGGGGCUGGGCAAGACCCUCCAGACCAUCUGCAUAUUAGCCGGAGACCAUGUGCAGCGCCAGGAGGCCAAGCUGGCGCCACUUCCUAGCCUAGUCAUCUGCCCACCAACACUCACCGGCCACUGGGUGUACGAGGUGGAAAAGUUUCUGGCCCAGUCGCCUGUUUUGCGGCCUUUGCAUUACUUCGGCUUUCCCAUUGGCCGCGAGAAACUUCGGAGCCAAAUUGGCACUAGCUGCAAUCUGGUAGUCGCUUCAUACGACACCAUUCGGAAGGACAUUGAUUACUUCAGUGGCAUCCACUUCAACUACUGUGUGCUGGACGAGGGGCACAUCAUAAAAAACGGAAAGACGAAAAGCUCCAAAGCCAUAAAACAGAUUAAGGCGAACCAUAGGUUAAUCUUGUCUGGCACGCCCAUACAGAACAAUGUGCUGGAGUUGUGGUCGCUGUUUGAUUUCCUAAUGCCUGGCUUUCUGGGCACUGAGAAACAGUUUAUCCAACGGUACUCUCGGCCCAUAUUGGCCUCACGCGAUGGCAAAAGCUCGGCCAAGGAGCAGGAAGCUGGCGUGCUGGCCAUGGAGGCGCUACAUCGCCAGGUGUUGCCAUUCCUGCUGCGCCGUGUUAAAGAAGAUGUGCUGAAGGAUCUGCCGCCUAAAAUCACCCAGGAUCUGCUGUGCGAACUGAGUCCCUUGCAGCUGCGCCUUUACGAAGACUUUAGUAAUAAACAUUUGAAAGACUGUUUGGAUAAGUUGGACGAUACGGAGAAUCUCGGUACCAAAACACACAUAUUCCAGGCCCUACGCUAUUUGCAAAACGUUUGCAAUCACCCCAAGCUAGUGUUGCGCCAAUCCGGCGAUGAUCUCAGCAAUGUCGCCGCCCAGCUGGCACUCAACAAUAGCACACUGGAUGACAUCGAGCAUUCAGCUAAGCUGCCAGCCUUGAAGCAAUUACUUUUGGACUGCGGCAUAGGUGUUCAAACGGAGUCAGUCAGUCAGCAUCGGGCACUCAUCUUCUGCCAGCUAAAGGCUAUGCUUGAUAUUGUGGAACACGAUUUGUUGCGCAAGCAUUUACCCAGCGUUACAUAUCUGCGACUGGACGGUAGCGUGCCAGCGUCCUUGCGCCAGGAUAUUGUGAACAACUUCAACAGUGAUCCGAGCAUCGAUGUGCUGCUGCUGACCACUUUGGUUGGUGGCUUGGGUCUGAAUCUGACUGGCGCAGAUACUGUCAUUUUUGUGGAGCAUGACUGGAAUCCCAUGAAGGAUCUGCAAGCUAUGGAUCGUGCGCAUCGCAUUGGGCAAAAGAAAGUGGUCAACGUGUAUCGACUAAUUACACGCAACUCUCUCGAAGAGAAAAUCAUGAGCCUGCAAAAGUUUAAGAUCCUAACCGCUAAUACGGUCGUGAGUGCCGACAAUGCUUCGCUUCAGACUAUGGGCACCUCACAGAUCUUUGAUCUGUUCAAUGGCGGUAAUAACAAGGCCAGUAACAGCGGAACAGCCGCAACAGCCGCUGGAGGCAGUGGUGGCAUGUCCAUGAAUACCAUCAUUGAAAACCUCCCGGAGCUGUGGUCCGAGCACCAGUAUGAGGAAGAGUACGAUAUGGGCAACUUUGUGCAGGCUUUAAAGAAGUAGAUCCGCCACAAAUUUCCUUCCCCGACUCACAAAUUACACUCACACAAGCAUUCAAACUUCGUCAAAGAUGAGUCAAAUUUUUAUUUUAAUUUUUUGAGCACUUUGGAUAUUUUUUUAAUGUUUUUUUCUGUUCCUGUAGUAGUUGCAAGCGAAAAGCACUGAAGUUUAUAAUAAAUCGAAAUUAAAUUAA